AUGCAACGGGUCCUCGUCUAUCUACUCCGCCGGGACUUGCGCCUGGCGGACAACCCAGUCUUUCACGAGAUUUCCCGCUUGAACAGCCAAUCUCAAAGGCCGUUCACCCACGUCCUGCCGGUGUUUGUAUUCCCAGCGGAGCAAGUUGAAGUCUCGGGCUUCCUGCAGCCAGGCGAAAAAUCGCCAUACCCAGAAGCUCGUAGUGCCACGGGACGCUUUUGGCGAUGCGGCAAACUUCGAGCCAAGUUCCUGGCCGAGAGUGUAUGGGAUUUGAAGCAAGAUCUCGAGCAGAAUCAGAGUGGAUUGAUCUUGCGAGUUGGCAGCGUCAAGGAUGCGGUGCAGUCUCUCAUUGAAGGCUACCGCGACAGCAAAGACGCCGAGAUCUCGGAAGUGUGGAUGACCUCGGAACCUACGUGGGAGGAGAAGGUCGAGGAAGACGCCGUCAAAAGUAUUCUCGACAAGGAGAACAAGCCGUUGAGGAUGUUCGUUGACGAGAAAUACUACAUCGAUGAUCGAGAUCUUCCGGACCAGAACCCAAGACAGAUUUCCGAUGUGUUCACAAAUUUCCGCAAAACAGUUGAGCCCCUCCGAGAUGCGCCGCGCAAAGAGCUCCCAAGGCCCGACAAGCUCCCUGCUCUUCCUGACAACAUCCCGUCUCAAGCAGCACCCUUCGAGAUUCCCGACAGUCUCGAAGGAAUUCUUCAAGCGCUAUAUAACCCAUUAGACGCGAGCGAGAAGAUUCCUAAUCCACCGCAGAAGCAAGGUGAUUUCAAGACGUAUGAGUUCCAAGGCGGCUCUAAGCCCGGCCUUGACCGCAUUCGCCAUCUUAUCAACAUUGGUGCGAUGACGGACUAUAAAGAGACGCGCAACGGGCUCCUCGGAUCUGAUUUCAGCACCAAAUUAUCUGCCUGGUUGGCCUUGGGAAGCAUCACCGCUCGUCAGAUUCACUGGAGAUUGAUGGAGUUCGAAGACGCGAAAACGGAUCUCGGCAAGGGUGCUUAUGGGUACGGAAAGGGCGAGAACCGUGGAACAUAUGGCAUCCGCUUUGAGUUGCUCUGGAGAGACUGUGAGACGCUUAUCCGCGAUACUUCCUACCAUCACACCCAGAAGCUAACAAUCUUUCCAGACAUGCGUCUAUGCGCGAUGAAGUUUGGCCCACGCCUCUUCUACGUCGACGGCUAUCGUCAACAAACACAAGGCAAGAACUUCAUCAGCAGUCCUUACACUAACUCGACUGGUAAGAAGAACCGCGGCGGUUCCAACGACAUCGACACCAAGGCUGCCGUCGAGCGAUUCCUCAACGGCACCACCGGCACCGGUCUCAUUGACGCCGCCCAGCGCGAGCUCUACGUCACCGGCUGGACCUCCAACCGCGCUCGCCAGAAUGUCGCUUCCUACCUAGCUAAACACCUCAGCAUCGACUGGCGCCUGGGCGCCGAAUGGUAUGAGAUGAACCUCAUCGACUAUGAUGCCUCAUCCAACUGGGGCAACUGGCAGUACAACGCCGGCGUCGGCAAUGAUCCACGCGGCGAGGCCCGCGUCUUCAACCCCGUCAAGCAGGCCGUCGACUACGACAAGGGCGGCGAGUACGUCCGCGCCUGGGUGCAUGAGCUGCGGGAUGUUGGUCGUGGCGGGGCGUCAGGAGCUACAUCUGGCAACGAGAACGAGGCCCUCAUGGGUGUUUUCCAAGCGUGGCGAUUGCCGGCGGAAGAGAAAAAGCGGUUGGGAUUGGAGGGUGUGGAAUGGGUCGAGAAGCCCUUGAUCCGCAUCGAUUACUCCGUCAACCGACGAGGCGGCGGCGCUCGUCGUGGUGGUGGCGGGGGCGGAGGACACUUCCGUGGUGGCCGCGGUGGUGGACGAGGAGGACGGGGCCGUGGGCGCGGUCGCGGCGGAGAAGGCCGAUCUGAUCGCGGAGGCGGAGGCCAAUGA